AUGCCGCGCAUCGUUAGAUACUGUUUUUCUGGAGACUUCUAUAUUCAUAAUAAACGCGUCUCUUUCGCGCCUAGUAAUGCGCAGGCCGUCAAUGAUGAGCGUGACGAUGUAUAUGCUGAAAUACGAUCUCUGUGGGAUGAGAUGGUGCCGCUUGCGCAUAUGGUGGUAGAGAAAGAAUUUCUCAAGCCCAUCCUGGGGAAGGUCGAAACGUGCUCUGAGCGCCAGACUAUACGUGAUGCAACCGUUUCUCGCUAUACAUCUGCUAUUCUUAGUUUCAUGAAUGAACGCCUCCGUCUUCUAGCAGAUCGUAUUAAGAUGUUAGCUUAUCAUCAUCAAUCCCUUCUCGGCACAUUUACCCAUAUAAACACACAGGAGUUGGACAUAACCAAAAGACUGGCUAAGAAUCCCCCUUCGGGCCAAAAAAAGGGAGGCGGCAAAGUAAAGGACCACACAUUGCUUGAGAAUAUUCGGCGUCAGAUGGAACUCUACGGCCCCGUCCCGAUAAACUUCUUCGAGAAAGCCGCCAAGGCUGAGCUUACAGAUGCAGAACUCAGAUCCCAACUCCUCCUAGACUCCAUAGUAGCUGAUAGCGCCGCCGCCGGUUCUCAAGUGGGUGGACAUGUCUAUGAAGAUCAACAAGUUGAGGACUCAGUUGCUACACUAAAAUCCCAAGCUGAGGAAAUCCAAACGAUCUUUAGACAGCUUCGACAGGAUGCAGCCGAUCCCCCAAUCUCAGCUCCUGAAUUUAUCGCAUAUGCUCACAGUCAGGCGGCGAAACAAUUCUCCUACAAGGGCGGUGAAGGCAUUUCUCUCGCUAAGGACCAAGAACAAUGUCCUAAAUUCUCAGCUCUCAUCCACGACUGGGGCGAUUCAGUGAAUUUUACCAACUAG